AUGUCCGUUACUGAACUGACACUUGAGUCUGACAUGGACGCUUUCUGGAAGAGUUGGGACGAUCAGCGGGCGAGGAAGGAAAUGGAGGAUACCAGGAUGAGAGCAUGGCAAAAGUCUCAGGGCUACGUCGUGGAUGAUGAAGAAGAUCCGAAGCCUACAUUCAGUCGCAAGAUGCAGGACUCGCUCCCGGAGGAGCUUCAGUUUCAAGAGGAUCAAAACCUCUAUCCCGAGUUCCUGCCAAUGGACGAGAAGAAGCUUUUCCCACUUGCCAGAGUGUACGGUGGCAAACAUGCCUAUCGUGGAGGUGACAGAUGUAUCUUCAAAAAGAUCGGCGGCCAGAAGUUCAAUGUGUCCAAAGAUAUGUCAGCACUCAUUCUGGUCAAGGAUUCUGGCGACGACGGAAAACUCGUUGCAUUUGGUCAUCCAUACCUAUUGGCCCAGAAGAGCUCUGACAAGGAUCCCUCUGUACCACACGACAUAGAGACAAGCGGCGAGGAGGAGCCCCUGACCGAAGAGCAGGAAGAGCUUUCUGAAGAGCAAGAGCAGUCUGGCGAGCCAGUCUCCGCAGAUCAGGACAUGUCUCAGGUGAACGCACCAAGGGAGGAUAUGGCAACGGAGCCCGUACCUGAAGACUUUGAUACGCUGGAAAUCGAUGAGAAGCUCGAUCCGAGGUGGCUCAAAGUCAGGUUCAAGCCUGACAGCCAGCGUCCUUGUGUCAGCUUGUCGUUCUUCAUGGACCCAUCACGAAAAGAGCGCAAGGUGAUCCUGGACAUCUACGCACAGCACUUGCAGUCCAGCAAGGAUUGUGCAGGCAUCACAGAGGACGAGAUCGAGGUCAUCCAAAACAAGGAUCCAGAGCAGCGUUACGAUGCAGAGCGUCUUUUGGUCACCCUCAUGAGAGCUGGAUGUUUCAGCAUCUUCACCCAGUUCUCAAGCACCGAGAAGACAGCUCUCAGCGGGUUCUUCAAGUACUUUAGGACAAUCAUGUACGCCGCUGCUCAUCUGGGAAACUUCUGGUGGUACGCCCUCGCUGCUGAUGGCAAGCGUAACGCACUCCAGGAGUAUGGUUACCCAUUCGAUCAGGUACCAGUGCCCCGGUGGAUGAUCCCCAAGUGGUGUAUCGAGUACGCUGGUGAUGAGUCUAAUGCGAAGCCUCUCGCCGCCCACAUGCAACAAUGUGGUCGAUACAACCCGGUCACUGAGGGGGGCAACAAGGAUCCUGAUUUCUUCACGUUCGGGAAGAGGUUCGCGAUCCCUACAAAGGCUCAGAUGGCCCACCCAGAAUUCGACAAGCUGUACGUGACGAAGAGCAAGGUCGAUGACAGUGCUGGUCCUGCGCCGGCGGAGGAGAAGGGACAGGAGAAGCAACCGCAGGCGUCGUUCCCGCCUGAGAGGCGUGGCAAUCCCCCUGGUACCGGCAAGCGUUCGCAAAAACCGUGGGCGUGGGCGUGGGCGUGGUUGGUAGUGGUGGUGACAGGCGCAGGAGUGGUUGAUUCUCCGCUGUUGGAUAGACAUCCGUGGCCGUCUGUGUCGCUGUCUAAGCUUUUGCUCAUCUUGCGUUUGUGGGAGUGGGAGCUGUGCGACUGUGAAGAAAAGGAUGAUUAG